AUGAUGUGGCCGAAGCAAGGCCCCAUUCUCGGUGGCCUUGAGCGUGCUCCGGAACCGAAGCAGGAGGAGAAGAGACGGCCAGCCGUGCUCUUCUUCCACUCAAACGCAGGAGACAUUGCGCAACGCCUGGAUUUCUUCAAGCGCUGCUGCCGACACUUAGACGUUGUUGUGCUGGCCCUGGAGUACAGGGGCUACGGGCGCUCGGAGAACGGAGGCGGCUGCUCAGAGCCGUCCUUCGUGGAGGACGCCGCAGCGGCCUACGAGUGGCUCGUGACGUACGCGGCCUCCGAGAACUCCGUGGUCGACCCCUCGCGCAUCUUUGUCUUCGGCCGCUCUCUGGGCGGCUGCGUGACGGUGCGCUUGGUGGCACACCUCUUGGGAGCCUCCCCAGAGCUGCGCCAGCCGCGAGGGUGCGCGCAAGCGCCGCCCUUGCCGCUGCCGGCAGGAUUGAUACUGGAGAACUCGCCUUCCUCAAUCGCAGCAGUCGUCCGGCACUUGCUGCCACCCUUGAGGUUGCUGCCCGCGAACCUCCUGUCCUGGCCCCUGCUACUGGACGAGUGGCGAAGUCGGGACUGGCUGGACUGGAUCGGCUCCGGACUCGCUGAGCUGCCGGAAAGGCCCAAAGGCCGCUUGGGCCUCUGCCUCCUCUCCGCGGCCAACGACCAGGUUGUGCCGGCCUCCUGCAUGUCAGACCUCUGCCACGUCGCGAAGACCCAUCGGGCGACCCUGGACACCCGGUUCCACAGCUUCGCCAGGGGAGAGCACAUGAACACCUACCAGAUUGCUGGCGCUGCCUAUUGGGAGCCGCUGCAUGAGUUCAUCCACCCGCCAGUCGUGACUACGGAGAAAGCAUAG